AUGACAGUUGAUUCAAUAUACUUAGAAGAUUUAAUUAAAUAUCAAGAAAUUGAAUAUGAAAUAAAAGAAGGAAUCUAUUGGGAAGGGGGAAAAGUUAGUUUAUUCAAAGAAAAGAUAAAGGAAAUAUAUAAUAUAAGAAAACAAAAGAAAGUAGAACAUGAUCCAAGUGAAGUAAUAUUUAAAUUAAUAAUGAAUUCCUGUUAUGGUAAAACAAUACAAAAACCUAUAAUGGUAGAGAAAAAAAUCUUUAGAACAAGAACAAAAAUGCUCUCCUAUUGGAGAAGAAAUUUAGAAGAUAUUUUAUCAGGAGAACAAUUGUUUGAAUCAGAUAUUUGGGUACUUCAAACAAAGAAACAGUUGGAUGAAUUUUAUGUACCUAAUAUUAUUGGUGUAUUGAUCCUUUCUAUGUCUAAAAGGAUUAUGAAUGAAUUAAUUUACUUAUGUGAAGAUAAUAACAUAAAUGUUUAUUAUCAGGAUACUGAUAGUAUACAUAUUGAAAAAGAUAAAUUAGUUCAAUUGAGAGAAUCCUAUUAUAUCAAAUAUAAUAGAGAAUUGGUGGGAAAUGACAUAGGUCAAUUCCAUUCUGACUUCCCACCAGUGAAUGGAAAAGAAAGUUGGGCAAUUAAGUCUAUCUUUCUAGGUAAGAAGUCUUACCUUGAUGUCCUCACCAAUGAAGAUGGGGACAUUGAUUAUUUGAUAAGAAUGAAAGGAAUCCCCAAGGAUGUAAUCAUUGGCACAGCCAAUGAGAAGUUCAAAGGGGAUGUGAUUGCCUUAUAUGAAUAUUUAUAUGCAGGCAAUCCUAUUACCUUUGACUUAUCAAAGUAUGGUCCUCACUUUGUUAUAGAAAGGGACUUUAAGGUAAAGACUCUUGAAGAGUUUAAAAGAACAAUUAAAUUCUAA